GGGGAGGAUUUUGGUCUAUGGGUCUGUAGUCCGUGGUCGAAAGAAGAAAGGCGAGACUUUGGAUAGGGAGCGAAUUUCAGCUUAAGAAUAUACACCAGAAAUGGAGGAAGCAAAGGGAGUGGUGAAGCAUGUACUGCUUGCUAAGUUCAAAGAUGGUAUCUCUGAGGACCGGAUUCAGCAGCUCAUCAAGGACUACGCCAAUCUCGUCAAUCUCAUCGAACCCAUGAAAGCCUUCCACUGGGGAAAGGAUGUGAGCAAUGAAAACCUGCAUCAAGGCUUCACGCAUAUUUUUGAAUCAACCUUUGAGAGUACGGAGGGUGUCGCAGAGUAUGUAGCUCAUCCUGCUCAUGUUGAAUACGCAAAUCUAUUCCUUGCUUGCUUGGACAAAUUCGUUUUGAUUGACUACAAACCCACUACGGUUCAUGUCUAAGUUGGAAGGUCGAUUCCAGAUACUCUGAAUGGAACUUUGUAAAUUAAAAAGUUUGUGGAUCUGCUUCAUUGAAUAAGAUCAAGAAAUCAUAUCUGAAUUUCAUGCAGACAGUUUGCUUGUA